AUGGCGGACCGAUACUCCUUCUCCCUCACCACCUUCUCUCCGAGUGGAAAGCUUGUGCAAAUAGAAUAUGCCCUCAAUGCUGUUAACCAAGGAGUUACAUCUCUGGGUAUAAAAGCCACGAAUGGUAUCGUCCUCGCCACUGAAAAGAAAUCGUCCUCGCCGCUCAUCGACCCUCCUUCGCUCUCUAAGGUCUCUCUUAUCACCCCCAAUAUUGGCAUGGUCUACAGCGGCAUGGGUCCUGAUUACCGCGUUCUCGUCGACAAAGCCCGUAAAGUCUCUCACACAGGCUACAAGCGAAUCUACAAUGAGUAUCCACCAACCCGAAUUCUCGUCCAGGAUGUUGCUCGAGUGAUGCAAGAAGCAACGCAAAGUGGUGGUGUAAGACCUUACGGUGUCAGUCUAUUGAUAGCAGGGUGGGACGAUGGGGUGGAGCCCGAGACGCAGGAGCUCGCAGACGAAGGACUAGAAACGGAUGCCGAGAAGAAGAAGGCGAGUGGGAAGACCGGAGGGAUUUUAAAGGGCGGUCCGAGCCUUUAUCAGGUGGAUCCCAGUGGCAGCUACUUUCCUUGGAAAGCCACCGCCAUUGGCAAAAGUGCAACUAGCGCGAAGACCUUUCUUGAGAAGAGAUAUAAGGAGGACUUGGAGCUGGAAGAUGCAGUGCAUAUUGCACUGUUGACGUUGAAGGAAACAAUUGAGGGCGAAAUGAACGGAGAGACUGUCGAAAUUGGUAUCGUCGGAGCACCUGCGAAUGAGCUACUCGGGUAUGAAGGUGUCGAAGGAGCAGUCGGACCUAGAUUUCGGAAACUGAGCAAAGAGGAGAUAGAAGAUUAUCUUACAAAUCUGUGA